AUGGGCCCUCUAAACCUGCUCGUGCUCGCCGCCGCCGCCGCCUCCUGCGUCGCGGCAUCAUCAUCGUCGUCGUCGUCGUCGUCGUCUUCAGCGCGCUGCAAGACGGACCACGACUGCAGCCUCAACGGCGUCUGCCGGGGCGACUCCCUCUGCCACUGCGACCCAGGCUGGCUCGGCGCCGACUGCGGCGUGCUCGACGUCCGCCCGGCCAAGCGGUCGGCCGGCUACAACCUCACGGCGCAGGGCACAUCGUCCUGGUGCUCGAGCGUCGUGCGCGACCCCCACGACCCGACGCUGCACCACCUCUUCGCCUCCGAGUUCUCCCACGGCUGCGGCCUCGACUACUGGGCGCCCUACAGCCGCAUCAUCCGCGCCGAGUCGCGCUCCGGGCCCGCCGGCCCCUACGAGUUCGCCGCCGAGGUCCGCGCCGCCUUCGCCCACAACCCGACCGUCGUCUACAGUCCCGCCGACCGCGCCUGGCUGCUCUAUUACAUCGGCUGCCCGACCGACGUCGUCGCCGCCAAGUGCACCUCUAAAGCCUUCUCCUGCGGGCCGGGCAACUCCAACAACGGCGAGAGCGGCAUCUCCGUGCUGAGCAGCCGCGACCUGCGGACCUGGACCGCCCACGAGCAGGUCAUGAGCGGGACGGACGACCGCGAUGCCUGGGACGCCGACGUGACGAACCCGUCGGCGUUUCCCCUGCGGCGGGUACGCGGGCCUCACAGUGGCGGCGGUCGCGGCGACUGCCACUCGUCAUCCGCCAUGCUGCUCGCCUACCGCGGGUGCGUCUACAACUGCACAGCCAACGAGCUCAUCAACCUCGCCGUCUCCCCGACGGGCUUCCGGGGCCCCUACCGCAAGGUGCAGUCGCAGCCGCUCUUCCCCAACCUCAACGAGGACCCCUUCAUCUGGCAGGACCGCCGCGGCAACUGGCACAUGCUGCUGCACUCGCUCGAACCCGAGGGCGGCUUCGGCGACGGGCCCAAGGUCGGUCGGCACGCGUGGGCGGAGCACUACAAGGGCCCCUGGACGUUUGGCAACAAGACGCUCGCCUUCAGCACCGAGGUCCAGUACGACGACGGGACAAAGGUCGACUUUUACCGCAGGGAGCGGCCGCAGCUGCACUUUGCAACCGACGGCGUCACACCGCUCGUCAUGACGACGGGGGUUCAGCCCAAGGGCAGUCCGAUGAGCUAUACCGUCAUUGUGCCCAUCGGAGACGCGGGAGAACGGGCUCAGCAUGGAAUAUACUAG